AUGGCACCCAACCCAUCCAGCUCAGCGCGGCAACCACUCAAGCUCCUCAUGCUGCACGGCUACACACAAUCCGGCUCCCUCUUCCACGCCAAAAGCCGCGCCUUAACAAAACAUAUCCAAAAAGCCCUACCCCUACAUGAAGUGAUCGCCAGCUAUCCAACCGCCCCGCUCCGUCUCCGACCCAGUGAUAUCCCAGGCUACGAGCCCUCCGACACCGGCAUCCCAGACGACGACAUCGAGGCAUAUGGCUGGUGGCGGCGCUCAAACAGCGCCAACCCACCCCUCUACACCGGCAUUGAGGAAGGCCUGAGUGCCGUCGCAAAGGUCCUCACCGACGAAGGGCCCUUCGAUGGCGUAAUCGGGUUCUCGCAGGGUGCCGCGCUGGCGGGCAUGGUGGCCGGCCUACUUGAACCCGGGCGGAAAGAAGCCUUUGCGCAAUUCGCGAAGGAUGACUCGGAGGGUGCGGCGGGUAUGUCUUUCCCCAGUGCCUUUGAUGAGGCAACUGGGUUUAGACACCCGCCGUUGAAGUUUGCGCUUUGUUAUAGUGGGUUUCGGGCUCCUGGGCCGCGGUAUCGUGGCUUUUAUGAUAAUCCGCCUAUCCAGACGCCUGUUUUGCAUGUUCUGGGCUCGUUGGAUGCGGUUGUUGAUGAGGAGAGGAGUCGCGCUUUGAUUGAUGCUUGUCGGGGUCAGCCGGAGAAGGAGGGGCUUGUUAUUUGGCAUCCUGGUGGUCACUUUUUGCCCAGUCAGCGGCCUUAUCUGGAUGCUGCUGUUCGUUUUAUUCGGGAGCAAUUGGAGAAAGGUGCUGCCGGGGAUAAGGAGGAAGAGGAAGAUGUGAAUGAUAUGGAUAUGCCGUUUUAG